AUGGAAGCCACGAAGGCGGCCAAUCUCAGACCUACAACCAACACCAAAGAAUCGCUGCUGCCAUCUGAAGCUGCUAUUGGUAGUGGUGGUGGCAGCGGCGGCGGCGGCGGCGAAGACGACGACAUCAACUACAUCAGCCUCCUCCCGACGCCAUCCUCGGAAGCCGGUCACACCCAAAUCCUUGCCUCCCGGUGGUGCCAUGUCUGGCUUGCCUCAACUCUCAUCCUCGACGGCACAGACCUCUACACCAAGCCCCAGGCCAACAACCACGAUGCUAAGAAGUUUACUGCCGCCAACCAUGCCCUCGCAAGCGUGGUCUCCCUCAUCCUCUUUGCCCACCCGGGCCUCGGCCACCGCUUCUAUGUCCCACCACACUUUCUCUAG